AUGGAAUUCCCUCGCAACCAAGCCGCAUGGCUUCCUGCUGGGUCCAAGCGACCCCUCGAAGUCAAGUCGGCACCAUACACCCCUCCCGCUGCCAACGAGCUCGUCGUGAAGAACGCCGCCAUUGCCGUUAACUCCAUUGAGUGGACCAAGCAAGUCGUUGGAAAUUUCCUGUACGACUGGAUCCGAUGCCCCUUUGUGAUCGGAAAUGAUCUUGCUGGUGAAGUCGUUGAGGUUGGAGAAAAAGUCACUGGCUUCAAGCUGGGAGAUCGCGUCCUCGCCCACGCAAUCUCGAUGGAUCCCACCAUCAACAAGUCAUCCCACGGUGCUUUCCAAGAGUACACUGUCGUCCACGCCAAGUUGACCUCGGUCAUUCCUGAUGCCCUUUGCUAUGAGGAGGCCUGUGUCCUCCCUCUGGGCCUGUCAACCGCGGCCACUGCCCUCUUCCAGACCGACUUCUUGGCCCUCGACCAUCCCACCGCCUUGGGAAAGUCCACCCGGUCGACUGUCAAGACUGUUAUUAUCUGGGGUGGAUCUACCAGCGUCGGAAGCAACGCCAUCCAGCUAGCCAGUGCUGCUGGAUAUGACGUGAUUACCACAGCCUCCCCCAAGAACUUUGAGUAUGUCAAGGCCCUCGGUGCUACCAACGUGUUCGACUACAACAGCAAGUCAGCCGUCGCAGACAUCCUCAAUGCUCUCCGCACGAAGAAGCCCGUGGGCGCAAUUGCAAUCGGUAACGGCUCUACUGAGGCUUGCAUGGAAAUCCUUGCCAAGGCAGACGGCUCCAAGUUCGUCGCCCAAAUCAGCAUCCCAUUUCCCGAGAAGGCUCCCGUCACUGCCUGGAAGCUUUUCAUCUUCAUUAUGGGACUGAUGUGGUGGAACAUUUCCAUUUAUCUCAAGUCUGUGCGAUGCGGUGUUGUGACCAAGUUUGUUUUCAGCAGCUCCCUGGUCCACAACGAGGUCGGCACCAUGAUCUACAACAAGUUCCUGCCCAACGCUCUUGCUCGUGGAGAGUAUCGCAUUGUUCCUAAGCCUGUCAUAGUCGGAAAGGGACUUGAGCAGAUCCAGGCUGCUCUUGACGUUCACAAGAAGGGUGUGUCGGCCCAGAAGGUCGUUGUCUCGCUUUAA